CUCUGUUUUCCCUCGCUCACUUCACUUCAUCUCCUUGAAUCUCUGUUACCUUCGACCUUCUUCGAAUGAUGAACGCACCCGUCAUUGAUCCGUUACAGGGAGAUUUCCCGGAAGUGAUAGAGGAGUAUUUGGAACAUGGAUGUAUGAAAUGUAUUGCCUUCAAUCGUCGUGGUACCCUUCUUGCUGCUGGGUGCAAUGAUGGAAGUUGCGUUAUCUGGGAUUUUGAAACCAGGGGCAUUGCUAAAGAGCUUCGAGAUAAUGAAUGUUCUUCCCCCAUAACCAGUAUUUGUUGGUCGAAGUGUGGUAAUCGAAUUCUUGUAUCUGCUGCUGACAAGUCUUUAUCACUGUGGGAUGUUACGGGUGGUAAGAGGAUAACAAGAAUAGUUUUGCAACAAACCCCUCUACAAGCUCGUCUUCAUCCUGGUUCCUCUACACCAUCUCUCUGCCUGGCAUGCCCUCUCUCAUGUGCUCCAAUGAUUGUUGACUUGAAUACAGGAAAUACAACUUCACUUAAAGUUUCUGUAUCCGAGAUAUCAAGUGGACCAACUCCUGCCUCACGCAACAAGUGUUCUGAUGGGAUUACCUCCUUCACACCAACUGCUGCAUGUUUUAGUAAGUAUGGAAAUUUGGUUUAUGUGGGAAACUCAAAAGGGGAAAUUCUUGUAAUUGACCAUAAAGAUGGUAAGGUGCAUGCCAUGGUUCCUAUCUCUGGUGGUUCUGUAGUGAAGAACAUGGUGUUCAGCAGGAAUGGACAGUAUCUACUAACAAACUCAAAUGAUCGAAUUAUCAGGAUCUAUGAAAAUCUUCUGCACUUGAAAGAUGAAGUUAGGGCACUUGAAAACCUGAAUGAGAACCUCAAUGAUCUAGAUGAUGUUGAGAAGUUGAAGGCUGUAGGAUCUAAAUGUUUAACUUUAUUCCGGGAGUUUCAAGAUUCUAUCACAAAGGUGCACUGGAAAGCACCCUGUUUCAGUGGUGAUGGUGAGUGGGUUGUUGGUGGUUCUGCUAGCAAAGGAGAACACAAGAUUUACAUAUGGGAUAGAGCUGGGCAUCUUGUGAAAAUCCUUGAAGGACCUAAGGAAGCCCUCAUUGAUUUAGCAUGGCAUCCUGUACGUCCCAUUGUUGUAUCUGUUUCUUUGAAUGGCAUAGUUUAUAUCUGGGCUAAAGAUUACACUGAAAACUGGAGUGCAUUUGCUCCUGAUUUCAAAGAGCUUGAGGAGAAUGAGGAGUAUGUGGAGCGAGAAGAUGAAUUUGAUUUGAUUCCUGAGUCAGAGAAGGUAAAAGGAUCUGAUGUUAAUGAAGAUGAGGAAGUUGACAUUGUAACAGUGGAGAAAGAUCCUGCUUUCAGUGACUCUGAGAUGUCUCAAGAAGAGUUAUGUUUCCUGCCAGCAACUCCCAGUCAUGAUGUUCCCGAACAGCAAGACAAGUUCUUAGAAUGUUCUUCAAAGCUGGUGGACAGCAACAAUUCUGGAUCCCCAUUUUCAGAAGAGGCUGGACCAAAUGGACAUAUAAUGAAUCAUGCCUCAAGUCCAGUUGAAGAAGAUGCUGGCGGAACGCGCAUUAAAAGAAAGCGGAAACCUUCAGAGAAGGUGUUGGAGUUGCAGGCAGAAAAAGUCAAGAAACCCUCAAAAUCUAGCAAAUCAUCAAAAUCUAAAAGUAAAUCUUUGGUGGAUGAGGAUAAUGGUAAUGGUUAUUAUGGUGAUGAGCUUUCUGAUGAAUAAUGACAGAUUGCAAAUUAUUUUGUA